AAAAAAAAAAAAAAAGAAAAUUAUAGAUUUUAUUGAGGAAACUGUCUUGAAAUUAAAAUCAUAAAAUCAUUAGACUUAUCGGUUUCUUAAAUGAAAUAAAAAACAAAUAUCAUAGGAGUUUAAUACAAACGAAAAAGACGAUAAUGGCCCGCGAAAUGGUUCGAUCCAAACUUUGAAAGCAAAACCAAUCCAACACAAAUUCCCUCUUCUUCUUCUUCUUUAUCCGCCCAAUGACACCAGAGAAUCUCCUCCACCGCCCCACUCAUACCCAAUACUGCACUCUCGGCUGUCCGAUCCUCGACGCCUUCCUCGGCGGCGGAAUCCCCUGCAACUCAAUCACCGAACUCGUCGCUGAAAGCGGUUGCGGCAAAACCCAACUCUCUCUCCAACUCCUCUUUACCGCUCAGCUUCCUCUCCACCUCAACGGCCUUUCCGCCUCCUCUCUCUAUCUAUACUCCGAGUACCCAUUUCCCAACCGCCGGUUAGACCAACUCGUUGAAUCGUUUCGGUCGUCUCAUCCAAUCUUAUUCGCCUCUUCUCGUGACCCUCGUGAUUACAUAUUUACCCGCAAUUGUCAGACUGCACAAGACCUGCUCGAUGUAUUGCUCCUCUUGGAGUCUCGUCUUGAGAAACCAAAGGAAACCCGGUUGGAUAUCAAAUUGAUUGUUAUUGAUUCGAUUGCUGCUUUAUUCAGAAGCGAUUUUGACAACAACCCGGCAGAUCUGAAGCGGAGAUCCUCUUUGUUCUUCAAGAUCUCCUCCAUUUUGAAGUCACACGCUAGGCGUCGUGGGAUUGCGAUUGUGGUUACAAACCAGGUGGUUGACUCAAUGGACGACAAUAAUGGGUCAAGUGGUGUCCGAGUUGGGAAUCUGGAGUCUAUGUAUACAUCUGGAAGACGAGUUCUUCCAGCUUUGGGAUUGUCUUGGGCUAACUGUGUUAACUCAAGACUGUUUUUGUCAAGACAUGAGGUAAUAGAAGGUGUAGAAAAUGGUUUACCUGAUUCUGAUUAUAGUGGUUAUGUCAGUAGACGAAAAAGGAGAGAACUUCAUGUUGUUUUUGCCCCCCAUUUACCUCAUUCGUCUUGUGAGUUUGUUAUACUAAGGGAUGGUGUUUUUGGUGUUGAUGAAUGUCUUUAAGAAAUGGGAUUUACCUUCUUCAGCAAAUGUUAUCAUAUUUGAAAGCAUUUCAAGAAUGCCCAUUUGUUAUUAGCUUAUUUAACAUUACAUUUGGUUUUUCUGGGGGGGAAUUUAAUGUAUGCCAUAGGGUUCAUCGUUAAUAUGUUUGAUUUAUGAUGAUUUUUGUAUACUCCCUUUUCUAGAAAUGAAAAAAAAAAUAUUAUCUUUGAGCUUGAA